CUGUGGUGCUGAAGCUGCUCUCGCCGGCGGCUAGAGUCCUUCUGCUCCAGCAUCCCCUCCGUGCAAAGGCGUUACGCGCUGGUCAACGACAGACAGCCGCGACCAGCUAUUUCAGUCUGUUCUCUGUCUCUUUGAACGCUUUUUAAUAGUCAAGAAUCCUUAGUGUUGUAUUUAUCUUCUCCCGGGAAGAUACUAUCCGGUCGCGUUUGUGUUGUUCAGCUCCAGUUUGGCUCGCAUCCUUUAUGCACAGCACGCUGCUCCAGCCCUUAAAGCGAACACAGGCAUCCGUGUCGGAACAGCAUGGCUUCCUGAACGAGAUGGAAGCGAAGCAGCACUCGAUCAAGAGCCUGAAAAGCUAUCCGGAGGCUGGGGGCCGGAGUCUGGCGGCGGCGGCGGGUGGAGACGGCGGAGGUGGAGGGUAUCGCGUCGGCGGCGCGGAGAUGGAGAUGGAGGCGAAAAUACAGAAAGCGAUCGACUUCAAACUGGAGGGUCACCGAUGCUACAAGGAGAAGAAAUUCCGGGAAGCUAUCGGGAAGUAUCACAGGGCGCUGCUGCAGUUGAAAGGGACCCACGUCGUCGACGGAACCACCGGAUCCGAGGUGAACCUCCUGAACCAAGCUGCGGCCAAGCUGACGGAAGAGCAGCGGCGAGCGGUGGAGAGCACCGAGAUCGAGUGCUACGACAGUCUGACAGCGUGCUUGCUGCAGUCGGAGCUGGUGAAUUAUGAGCGGGUUAAGGAAUACUGUUUGAAGGUACUCGGACACCAGCAGGAUCACUUUAAAGCCAUGUAUCGUGCUGGGAUUGCCUUCUACCACCUGGGAGACUACGAGCGUGCCCUGCGUUACCUACGCGAUGCCAAGUGCCGUGAACCCACAGACACAAACGUGCUGCGAUACAUCCAGCUGACAGAGAUGAAGAUGAGUAAGAGCGGUCAGCAGGUGCGUGAGAGUGGGAAAGAGUCAUUGGGUUAAUUCGGCCCGACCCCCAACCGACCCUAACCCUGCUUCUUUAAGUCUCUCCCCUUUUCCCCACAAUUCCCCCCAUCCCUCGAUCAACCAGGAUACAUGAUCUGCGCCCUCCUCUGAAGCGAACUCCAAAUGGGCACAGCACCCCGCAACUGUCUUUGUCUCGCUCUGAGAUUUCUCUGACCCUUUAAAUCCAACGUCCCCGGUGCUUUUCAUUUCCCAGGUAUUGAGAAAUUAACUGAUGAACAACGACCACGGAGACGGAAAAAGAAGAAAUGCUCUGUUGUAAUGAUAUAAACAAUGGCAUUACACUUUAAAAUGACAUGAUCGAAUGAGGAUAUCAGCAUAUUUGGAAUGAAAAACGUGAUUGGCAGAAUUGAAUCUGUUGGUCGAGAAUAGAGUGAAAGCACACGAAUCAAAGCCACACUGCUACUUAAGCGCAGAAGAUGACGGUCAACGAUUAGCCCAGUGACCUUUGAACUCACUCUGAUCCAUUGAGAAGCACUCUCUCUGCUCAAUACAGAAGAGAAGCAGAGAGGUCGAUGUUCAAUUCACACUCACCUGCCAACGCCUGUUACUUUCGGUCUCCUUUUUCUCUCUCUUGAAUUUGGGCAUGUCUCAACUCAAUUUCUGAACUGGUUCAAUUCAAGGGCUAAUUCAAGUGUUUGUAAUUUGUCCUUUGAUCUUGAUUUUGUUUCGCCUCUCGGUUUGCUGUACUAUAGUGGUUUGAGCAAGUUGUUACUCAAAGGUACAACAUCCUCUGUUCUAAUGUUAGCAGGUGUUUUGUGAACCUUGUUGUCCAUUUCCCAUGUUUUGGACUGUCUCAUAUCCCCUCCCCAUUAAGAGAAGAGUGCAUCCUGAUGAUGUCCCAAUGGUUAUGCAGCCUGUUGGAAUAUUAUAGACUAAUGGAGCCAUAUUGAAAACUCUUGUGUUUCUACAAGAAAUGGGAAAAAGUGCUUAAUAGAGGUCUGCUAAACUUGCAUAAUAUAUCUACCCCAAAAUAUCAGCAUCACAGCACAGUGGUAUGUAAAAGGACACAAAUGCUCUGUUGACUCUUGAGAAUUGUAGUUUUGACAACCAUUAAGUGUUAUGUGUAUGUCCUCUUCUUCAGGUUAUGCUUUUUUGAGCUUUGUUGUGGGAACUGAUGAUGUUUUGUUCAUCGAGGCAGCAUCUGCAGUGGAUUCAUUUGAAUGUGAAGACGCCUUUGACAGCACACAGUUUGGAUUAAUGGCUUUGAGGAGAUGAGGACAGACGGAUGAUAUUAUCCAUCUGACCUAAUAUAAGAGAUUUAAUUGUGUCAGUGGGACUCUGGGGAUGUUGUGCCAUGGUUUCAGAUGAGAAGACACACUGAUGAGAUUCAGAACAUAUAGCAGGCCAUACAAGCAAAUCUCUCUGUUACAGUGACACUUGAGGAAUAUGGAGAAAAAAAUAAGGUUUUUUUGCAUUUGGUUACUUUUUAUUAAUUUAAAAAUAAAAAUCAUAAUACGUUCAAUAAUAAAUACAUUCAUAAUAAAAUUCAAAUAAAUAGAUACAUACAGUAGAGUUUAGCAAAUAUAAUUAAAAUGAUAAAUACACACAUGCAAUCAAUACUCCACAGUCACAUCGUCUGAUGCUACAUUAUCUACAUACUACUAUACUAGGCUACAUGGAGCGUGCUGCCUUCUUAUGGGGCUUCCAUGUCUAAUAGUAAUAAAGACAAUAAUAUCAAUAAUGACAAUUAUUAGUUCAUUAUUAUAUAGUACUUUCUCCGUACUCAAGGCACUUUAUAAAACAGAAAUGUAUGAAAAUGAAGUGAACAGCAGUUAAUAUACAAACUUCAUACACCCAUACCAGUAGGUGUCAGUAUAUGCUUCUCUGGGAUGAAAAAGAGUUGGAACAAAAACGUAUUCCCCAGGUUUCACAGACAAGGCUUAAGCAUAGUCGCAGACUAAAGUGCAAAUCUGAGCUGUUUUAAUUGAAAGAAACUUUUACUGACUGAUCUUAAAAUAUAUCAGUGUCUCUAUUUUGUCUCAAAAUGCACACCAGUAAUGUUUUUCAAAGGCAUGUUAAUAAAAAUUACUUAAAUGUCCUAACUGAACGAUCUCCUAGUCCUGGUUUAGUCUAAGCCCUGUCUGUGAAACCUGGCAAUGAGUGCACGUUUUAAUGCUCAAAAUCAACUCUUGCUAGUUUAGUCAUAAACGAUUGGCUAGAGACAUCGUAAUCUCUUUCUGUGCUGUUCUAACCCAUCUCAUGAGGAAAUGUUACUAUUUUACAAAGUGCCCAUUUCACAUGAAUUUGUAUGACUGGCAAAGAGCGUGAGAUUUUUACAAAAAAUGUAAGAAUUAAGGUCCACCCUUAACCCACCCAAAAACUAACCUUCAGUGGUAUAGCUACCAAAAUGUUAUACAAAACAUAAUAUAAAUUGCCAUGACAGUCAAUUGGCUGUUCCAAUGCUUUCCUCCUUUCCAGCUCUGUCUCUGUAUUGUGGCAGUUUUCUCUCCACCUUAACUUUGAUAUGUUCUUUUGAUUUCUGUAAAUGGUAAAGGUAAUUUUGUCUAUAACAGAGCAAUGCUGACAACGCUGAUGUCCUGUAAAGAAUCUCGGUCAUCGCCUUUGCUUCUUUCAGCUGUGGUCCAUAUGUCCCCAUGUGCUGGAUCUCUUUCUACGCAGAUGGAGAAACAUCAAAUCUGACUGUUGUCAGCAGACAACAACAAAAGCACAAACUGGUUUAUGGACAAGCAAAUAAACUUACUGUACUUUACUUUUUCUUGGAUGUCACUUGAGGUAUGUGUUUGUUGAAUGUCAACGUAGACUUGUGCGGUUUAAAGACAUAUUCAAAAGGUUGUCGAAAGCUUUACUUUAUUAAAUUGUUUUUAUCGAUAUGUGAGAGAGCAAACGAGGACGACAAAUAAAAGAGAUUUAUGGAAAAAUAUAUUUAACAUUGUGAGGGGCAACUUUGUACCUGUGUAUACGUUUAGUUUUCCUCUUGUAUCUUGGCUUAUUUGUGAUGUCUUAGCCUUGUUUUUUUGUCUGAUUGCCAGUCUGAGGAUUCAGGGUUUGCCCUUUGACCUCCAGGAAGAAAGGUCGUCUACGGUGGGCCUGGAGGGAAUGAUAAGUGGGAUUUUGCAGAUGAAGGGGUGAGGGUACCCUACUGUCCCGAAAGAGAGAGAAAAUCCACUGGUUUCUUUUGACUUUUUUUCUCGCCUGUUUUGCAGAGAGAGAGAGAGACUUUGACCCUCUGGUUGUUCCGGUUACUAUAAUGUUAAUGCAUUACUGCUGCAUUCAUUGCCUCUUUGGGAAGUACUGUACAUACAUCCACCGGACAUCAGAAGACCUGCGAACCAGUUAUGUUUACCUGCAAAUCCAAGAAUGCACUAUCAAUUGGUAUUUGAAGUCUACAAAUAAAGUUUAAAAAGAGAAACUUUAA